AGUUAGGAGCUGAGAGCCGCAGGUCCGGGCCCAUCAUGUAACCGCUGCGGAACAUUUGCACAUUUACGCCUUUUCGCGACGCCUGCGGAGCGCGUGCACUCGUCCCCUCGCCCCGUGCACGGACACGCACGCUCCGGACGCACGAAGGCUCCAGGUGCAUGAAGAUCGAGGCUCGAUUUCUGCAUCUUUGUUGCACAACGAGCCGCUGAAGCUCCGGAGCGAUGGAGGGAGGGAGCGAGAAGGAAGGCAAAGUCUUUUGUGCCUCCCCUCCCCCUCAUCAGAGCAGAGGGGAAAUGUCUCAGCCGAAGGGAGGAAAGAGGAAGCCGGUGCUCAAGCUCUCUAAGGAGGCGUUUGAGCAAACUACUCCUGCUGCAGCACCUCCCAGGGAUUUGGAUUCCAAAGCUUGUGUGACCAUCGGAGAAAAGAACUUCGAGGUGAAGGCCGAUGACCUGGAGCAGAUCUGCGAGCUGGGCCGGGGGGCGUACGGCGUGGUCUACAAGAUGAGGCACGUGCCCAGCGGCCUCAUCAUGGCGGUGAAGAGGAUUCGAGCCACAGUGAACACUCAGGAGCAGAAGAGGCUGCUGAUGGACCUGGACAUCUCCAUGAGGACGGUGGACUGCUUCUACACCGUCACCUUCUACGGAGCCUUGUUCAGAGAGGGAGACGUGUGGAUCUGCAUGGAGCUGAUGGACACGUCCCUCGACAAGUUCUACAAGCAGGUGAUCGAGAAGGGGAGGAACAUCCCCGAGGACAUCCUGGGAAAGAUCGCCGUCUCUAUAGUGAAAGCUCUGGAGCAUCUGCACAGUAACCUGCAGGUCAUACACAGAGACGUGAAGCCGUCCAACGUGCUGAUCAACACUCAGGGUCAAGUGAAGAUGUGCGACUUCGGUAUCAGCGGCUACCUGGUGGACUCCGUGGCCAAGACCAUGGACGCCGGCUGCAAACCCUACAUGGCGCCGGAGAGGAUCAACCCCGAGACCAACCAGAAGGGUUACAACGUGAAGUCGGACAUCUGGAGUCUAGGAAUCACAAUGAUCGAGCUGGCCAUCCUGCGCUUCCCGUAUGACUCGUGGGGCACGCCCUUCCAGCAGCUGAAGCAGGUGGUGGAGGAACCUUCGCCCCAGCUUCCUGUGGACCAGUUCUCUCCAGAGUUUGUGGACUUCACCUCUCAGUGCUUGAAGAAAGUUUCCAAAGAGAGGCCGACGUACACAGAACUCAUGCAACAUCCCUUCUUCACCUCCCACGAGGCCAAAGAGACCGACGUGGCCUCCUUCGUGAAAGUCAUCCUCGGGGACUGAGUCGGCCUCGUGCUCCGGAGCGGAGGGAGGAUCUGUUCUUAGAAGAAGCACCAAUCGCAGCCCCUGUUACCUGCAGGACCCGCCCACCUCACACCUCACACCUUACACCUCGCCA